AAUAGACCCCCCAAGCUCACCACAACAUUCAUCAAGCUCCAAGCUCAGUGACCACCAAGCAGAGAGCGAGCCAGUGAGGUCUCUGAGAGUGAGACCGUAGCCAGCCACAAUGGCGGGGAACGCGCUAGCCAACUAUGUCCAGGUCUACGCCAUGCUCCCGCUGGAUAUCAUCACUGUCGACAACACGUUCGAGAAGGAGGACGAGACAAGGGCGCAACUGAAGAAGCUGACGGAGGCCGGCGUCGAUGGGGUCAUGAUCGACGUCUGGUGGGGGCUGGUGGAGGGGAAGGAGCCGGGGGUCUACGACUGGAGCGCCUACAAGCAGGUCUUCAAGCUGGUGCAGGAGGCCGGGCUCAAGCUGCAGGCCAUCAUGUCGUGCCACCAGUGCGGUGGCAACGUCGGCGACGUCGUCAACAUCCCGAUCCCACAGUGGGUGCGGGACGUCGGCGAGGACAAUCCCGACAUCUUCUACACCAACCGGGAAGGGGUGAGGAACAUCGAGUAUCUCACUCUUGGAGUGGACGACCAGCCUCUCUUCCAUGGAAGAACUGCCAUUCAGCUGUAUGCUGAUUACAUGAAGAGCUUCAGAGAGAACAUGGCAGAUUUCUUGGAUGCUGGUGUCAUUGUGGACAUUGAGGUGGGACUUGGCCCUGCUGGUGAGAUGAGGUACCCCUCAUAUCCCCAAAGUCAGGGAUGGGUGUACCCAGGUAUUGGAGAAUUCAUAUGCUAUGAUAAGUACCUGAAAGCAGACUUCAAAGCAGCAGCAGCUGCGGCUGGGCAUCCUGAGUGGGAUUUGCCUGAUGAUGCUGGGGAGUACAAUGACACUCCUGAGAAGACCCAGUUCUUUGCGGAUAAUGGAACAUACCAGACCGACAAGGGGAAGUUCUUCCUCACAUGGUACUCCAACAAACUGAUCAAGCACGGUGAUAAGAUCUUGGAUGAAGCAAACAAGGUCUUCUUGGGAUGCACGGUGCAGCUGGCAAUCAAAGUCUCUGGCAUACACUGGUGGUACACGGUUCCAAACCAUGCAGCUGAGCUCACUGCCGGAUACUACAACUUAGAUGACAGAGAUGGCUACAGAACCAUAGCACACAUGCUAACAAGGCAUCCUGCAAGCAUGAACUUCACUUGUGCUGAGAUGAGGGACAAUGAGCAGAGUUCAGAGGCGAAAAGUGCACCUGAGGAACUGGUUCAACAGGUGCUGAGUGCCGGAUGGAGAGAGGGCCUAAAUCUGGCAUGUGAAAAUGCACUCAGUCGAUAUGAUGCAACAGCUUACAACACCAUCCUCAGGAAUGCAAGACCCCAAGGCAUCAACAAGAAUGGCGCUCCAGAACACAAGUUGUAUGGAUUCACCUACCUCCGAGUAUCUGAUGAACUGUUCGAGGGAGAGAACUACACCACUUUCAAAACUUUUGUCAGGAGAAUGCAUGCUAACCUGGAUUAUAACCCAAAGGUUGACCCAGUUGCACCAUUGAAAAGAUCAAAGCCAGAGAUACCAAUUGAAGAAAUCCUAGCAGUAGCACAGCCAAGAUUGAAGCCAUUUCCCUUCGAGAAGAACACAGACCUACCAGUUUAAACACUCCAACGAUGCAAGCUACAGGAAGGAUCACAAGGCACUUCAAAAUCAAGAUAAACAUGAAGUAAGCCUACUGUCGGGCAGUAGGCUAGUAACUAAAUAAAAUGCUGUGUGGAGCAUAUUGCAGUCAUGUAUUGCACCAAUAAUCUUGUGUUGUUAAACAUGAGGCUUGAUGAUUUUCUGAUGAAUUGUAAUACCCUUGGCCUUCCUGUUGUUGUAUGUAUUUGGGGCAAUGAAUAAAAAAUGUGGCUUUCUGGGUUA